CUGUUUUUCUCAAGAUGUUCUAUUGUAUCUCAAUGCAUAGUAGCUCAAAAUUCAAUUAAUACACAGGAAUACACAGAAUAUGUUAUAUUCCAGAGCAUUACAUUCAUUGUAUUAAAAGAGGACUCCACCGAUUAAGCAUUGCAGUCCUGCAACAGUCAGACUCACAAUGGACAGUUUUUAAAAAAGAGAUCAAAAUUAAUGUGGCGGAACCAGAGAUGUCAUCCAAUCGUCUACAUUACCCACAAAACAAUUUGGCUCGAUUCACCUGACUGUACAGAUUCGGAUUGUGAUGUGUAAAAUUGAUGGAGUUCCCCUUCAAGCAUCAUGAAGACGAACUUCUGCAGAUGCAAAAGAAGCUGAAGGGGACAGAGGACGAGCUUGACAAAUACUCUGAGGCCCUGAAGGAUGCUCAGGAGAAGCUUGAGGUGGCCGAUAAGAAGGCUGCUGAUGCUGAGGCAGAAGUGGCUUCCCUGAACAGACGUAUCCAGCUGGUGGAGGAAGAGUUGGACCGAGCUCAGGAGAGACUGGCAACGGCUCUGCAGAAGCUAGAAGAGGCUGAGAAGGCUGCUGAUGAGAGCGAGAGAGGUAUGAAAGUGAUUGAGAACAGAGCUCUGAAGGAUGAGGAGAAAAUGGAGCUCCAGGAGAUUCAGCUGAAGGAGGCUAAACACAUCGCAGAGGAGGCCGACCGCAAGUAUGAGGAGGUGGCCCGUAAGCUGGUGAUUGUAGAAGGAGAGCUAGAGCGUACAGAGGAGAGGGCAGAGCUGGCUGAGGCUAAAUGUGCUGAGCUGGAGGAGGAACUGAAGAACGUUACCAAUAACUUGAAGUCUCUGGAGGCCCAGGCUGAGAAGUACUCUCAAAAGGAGGACAAGUAUGAGGAAGAGAUCAAGAUUCUGACAGACAAGCUGAAAGAGGCUGAGACCCGAGCUGAGUUUGCUGAGAGGUCUGUGGCCAAGCUGGAGAAGACUAUUGAUGAUCUGGAAGAUGAGCUUUAUGCACAGAAACUCAAGUACAAAGCCAUCAGUGAGGAACUGGACCACGCCCUCAAUGACAUGACCUCUAUCUAAACACCUGGAAGCUCCACAAUCCCGUCCUGGUUGUGGUUUCAAGACUGCUGAACAUCGUCUCAUCGGCUCAAUCUUUUCUCAGUCUGCCCCUCUCCUCACCCCCCUCUCUUCUUCACUCUGUCUCAUCAAUCUUUCACCAUUCCUCAGCUGUUGAACUGUUGAAAUCUGUGUGUGCCUGUUAAACUGUGUUUUCGGCACUUUCUCAAUCUAUCUGCUGAACCUGCUCUGCAGAACCUGCUGCUUUUCAAUCUGUCUCUAGUCAUCUUAAAGCCGUUGUUCAUUGUAUGUCUUCUGUUUAAGGAUGUCUUUGUCUGCUUUCACUCUUCAUUGUACUUCUGUAUCGGUUCUAUUCUGUACCAGUUAUAAACAGGGGAGGGAAGAAAUUCUUGAGUUGA